UGUUUAUUUGCUGGUACAUUGCUUUGACGGACUAGCAGAAUUCUGCCUGUUGGCUGUUGGGACAUUGCUUUGACGGACUAGCAGAAUUCUGCCUGUUGGCUGUUGGUACAUUGCUUUGACGGACUAGCAGAAUUCUGCCUGUUGGCUGUUUGUACAUUGCUUUGACGGACUAGCAGAAUUCUGCCUGUUGGCUGUUGGUACAUUGCUUUGACGGACUAGCAGAAUUCUGCCUGGCUGUUUUUCUUGAGAUUUAAGGAAUAUUUCUCAAGGUAAGAAUUUUACAGGAAUGUUAUAAUGACUCUAGCAUUGUUGUAAUGACUCUAGUAUUUAUGUAAUGACUCUAGUAUAAUGUCGUAUGAACAAGUGCUGAUACAGCCAACAAUCUACGACUUAUAGAAAAUCACUUAUAAAAUGCAUGGGGAAAAAAUUAAUUAAAAAAAAAAUUAAAUUAAAGUUAAUUCUGGGGCACCAAGAAAAAAAAUAUUAUUAAUCUCUUAAAUUUAAACAAAAUUUACUACUCGGUCCUAAAAAAGAUAAAUUAAAUUAAAUAUUGGGUUCCAGAGAAGUUUAAAUAAAUUUAAUUACUGGGGUCCAGAAAAGGAAAUAGUUUAAAAACUUGAAUGCACCAAGUUUGAGAACCACUGCCCCGUCCUAAGCCAUAGGAAUACAUUGACAGUGUAUUGUGUUAUACACCGUUGAUAGACACAAUGGACGCGACGUGACUUUACAUCUGAUGAACUCUCCUGACCAGGUUCAUGGCAUCUUAAAGAACACAAUGGUUAGAAACAAUUAAUGACAACUAUAAUAAAUACAAAGUACAGCUCUUUUAGAAAUAAACAAAGGUAGUAUGAUAACAUGAUAAUAUACAAAGAUAGUGUGAUAAUAUCAUAAUUAACAAAGACAGUGUGAUAAAAUUUUUAUUAACAGAGAUGGUAUAAUAACAUGAAAAUAGAAAAGAUAGUGUUUUAAACAUGAUAAUUAACAAAGAUAGUGUGAUAACAUGAUAAUAAACAAAGAUAGUAAGAUAAUAUCGUAAUUAACAAAGAUAGCGUGAUAACAUGAUCAUUAACAGAGAUAGUAAAAUAACAUGAAAAUAAACAAAGAUAGUGUGAUAGCAUGAUAAUAAAACUUUUAAAUUGAUCAAAGUUAUCUUUGGCCAAACUAAAAAUAGAAAAAAAAACGAUUUCUUGUUUGCAACUACCACCCCUUUGCAAGCACCGCCCCUUUGAAACUACCGCCCCUUGCAACCACAAACUUAUGAUGAACGCAGACACCCUGCCCCCCCACCCUAAUCUUCACCCAUUUUAAGCAUUCAGGCAAUAUUAGAUAGCCCAAUCAUCUUCAUUAAAAUACUUACGCAAUCACUUUCCUUAAUAUAAUUACGCAAUCCUCUUACUUAAUAUACUUAAACAAUCCUCUUUCUUAAAAGACUUCCACAAUCCUCUGCCUUAAUAUAUUCUUAAACAAUCCUCUAAUUGUAUAUUCUUAACAAUGAAAUAUUAAAGUGAAGUAUAUAUCAUAACGGUAUUUAUGUCAAAGCAAAAUUAUUUUUUUUAAAUGUUUAACAAAAAUGUCACUUUUUGUCUUUUUUUGGUGUGUAUGUUCAACUUCUUCACUGGUCAGUUAAAGUUUAGUGACGCGUGAGCUUGGUCACCGAAUGAUGGGUCAAUUGCUGGUUUAAGUUUUCAUCACAAAAGUUAAAUCAUUUAAAAAGGUGUCCUCAGUUGUAUGCUAAUUUUAUGUUUGCUUAGGGCAAAGUUGGCCAUCCUGGAUAAACGAGUAUACAGCAAUUAUAAUAUUGGAUAUGAAAUAAGGAUCUUAUCAACCAUCAUCCUCUUCUCAACCACCAUUCUCUUCUGAACAACCAUCCUCUUUUUAACAAUCUUCCUCAUCUCAACAACCUUUGUCUUCUUAUUGACUUUUCUCUUUUUAAACAUCUCCCUUGUCUUAACAAAUGUCCUCUUCUUAACACUCUUCCUCUUCUUAACCACCAUCCUCUUGACCAUCUCCCUCUUCUUAACAACCAUCCUCUUCUUCACAACAAUCCUCUUCUUAACAACCAUCCUCUUCUUCACAACAAUCCUCUUCUAAACAAAUUUCCUCUCCUUAACAACCUUCCUCUUUGCAAGAUAGUGAAAUGAAUUGCAUAAGCUCCAGUGACCAGAGCUUAAGCUGGAGUCACCCAUCAAUAUUAUUUGAGCUAAAUUAUUCCCUCCUAAUCUUCAACAAGUUUUAUGUCAUCUGUAAUCUCAUGUGCAAUGUCAUGCGAAAUGUCAUAAGCAAUGUUAAUGUCAUGUGUAAUGUUAUGUAUAAUGUUAUUUGUAGUCUUUAGUAUAAUGUUAUCUUUAAUUUCAUGUAUAGGCUAAUGUUAUGUGAAAUGCCAUGUAUAAUGUUAUGUGUACUGUUAUGGGAAAUGUCAAGUGUAAUAUCUAUGAGUUCAACUCCAAAGAAGCAUUAAAAUGUGUGACUUCAAAUAUUUUUUAUUUAUUAUUUUACUCCCUUCAAAAUGGAGCAGUUCAUAUUGAAGGUCAGCUCGUAAUAUAGCUACAAAACAUCUUUUUCAACUUUUUAUGUAAACAUAUCUUUUUCAACUAUUUAUGUAAACAUAUCAAGUUCAACUAUUUAUGUGAACAUAUCAAGUUCAAAUAUUUAUAUACACAUACCAAGUCAAACUAUUCAUGUAGAGAUAUCUUUUUUCAACCAUUUAUGUAAACAUAUUAGGGACAACUAUUUAUGUAAACAUAUCUUUUGCAACUAUUUAUGCAAACAUAUCUUGUAGAUUGUGGUAUACCUUGAUGAUGAUUAUCCAAUUGGAAGAAUUACUUCAAUGGUUUCUGUUGAAAUAAAUAUGUUGUUUAAAAUUGUGUCCAAUAUAAAAAAAUUACAAAAUUCAUUAUACACGUCUCCUGAUGUUCAUAGUUUAAUAUUUUACUUGUGGCGACGUUGUUGUAGAGGUUAUGUAGUUCUGUUGUUGCAGCAGUCAUUAUGCAGAACUGCUGUAUUGCAGUCAUUAUGUACCCUAAUUUAAAUUUUAAAGCAGACAUUUCGGUAUAAACUGCCAGGAACCAUUUGCCGGACUAUGUAGACGAUGUCUAUGGUCGAAAUCAACCCCCCUCCCCCAAGAUCCCCCCCCCUUUUCAUUAAAUUUCCAUAGAAUUAGAACAAAACUUAUGUACAUGAUUAAUAUUUUAACAAUUAAUCAAUCAUACUUUCCUCCUGCAAAUAUUAAGGGCCAACGAGCCAUGUAAGGGCCAAUGAUCCAUGUAAGGGCCAACGAGCCAUGUAUUGACCAUUCUGGCUCCGAUGUAUGUACAGGCAUCUGCACUGUCUCUGUGCCUGAUGAGGACAAGUUUGAUAUAAUUUUUUAAGUAGGUCAGGCCCCCACCCUCUGUAUGAAGUGGAUAAUGGAUUAUGUCUAGAGCCAAAUAGAUUUGUUUAUAAAAUUUGGGUCGCGAAGUCACGUCUCACGCAAUUUAAGCUACAGGAGAUUAUUUAUAAACGCUUACAGUUUAAGAUAAAAAAUGGGGGAAUCCACUAAUACCAUAUGCAGAUCGUAUCAUUGUUGUUUUUUUUAAAUUUUAUCUUUUAAACAACACAACAAAUAAAAAAAAUAUAACAUUUUAUUAGGCCGCAAUAAAUCCGCUCGAUUGCAUUCUUCUAAGGCGCCUCAUUUUACAAUCGUCUGCCGAAAUGUGUGGAGCUAUUUCCCUGGCUUAAAAUAAAGAGGUGGAUCAUGUGUGUGUUCAGAACAGAAGUCAAUGUAAGAUUUUACAAUCAUUUGCCUUAAGAACUUAUUGAUUUGUAGUAAAUGUAUAGUCUGAUAUAGAGACCGACCGAAAGGGAUUUUCUGAUUUCGGCCGAAGCCGAAAAUAGGCCGAAAGUUUAAAAUGACUUUCGGCAAAAACAGAAAAAAUGCCGAAAGUUUAAAAAUGACUUUCGGCCGAAACCGAAAAAAUACCGAAAGUUAAAAAUAAAUUUUGGCCGAAACCGAAGCCGAAACCGAAGCCGAAACCGAAGCCGAAACCGAAAAUGAAAUAUUACGAUAUUUUGAAAUUCGUUCCCGCAUACAUUCUUCAUACAUCGAAAAUGAUGUGGGAAAGUAUAAAUAUUUACAUUCUUUUUAUAAAAAAUGGGAUAAUCGUGAAUAUUAAUAAAUAACCAUAUAAUAUAAGGGUCUCAAACUCGCGGCCCGCGAGCCAUUUGUGACCAGCAAGACGAUAUUCUGCGGCCCGCUACAUGACAGAAAAGUUUAGUGUAAAUGCGCCGGCCCGUUUCCCCCAUUCUCAUUUCUAUAACGUGACUCUCCGCGACCGUUUCAGUCGAAUCUCACCGACUAGUCUAAUUCUGAUUUUUUUUAUUUUUAAUAUUUGUAUAUAUUUUUGUAUGCCAGGUCUCUGGCAACAGUGAGUAGUUCUUGAAAACCCUUAAUGAUUUUAUUGUUAUUUAUAAGGGUUGAGCAGAUUGUCACAGUUGUAAUCGCUUUUUUGUGUGGAUUACUUGAUGCGGCCCACUCUCAUUCAGACACUACCACCCGCCCCCCCCCCCUGAUGAUUUGAGUUUGAGACCCUUGAUCUAAUGAAUACUUUGGAAUUUACCAUUUUAAUAUAAAAGUAAUUUAAAUUGCUUUACAUUUUUUUUAAAAUUAGUAUGGUAGGAGAAAAUUUGGGAAAGAAGGGGGGGGGGGGGAAUUAAUGCAAAAUAUUUUAAUUUUAAAACAGGAUCUCUAAAAAAUGUGGUUCUAAAAGAUCGCUUAAUUUGUUUUUAAAGAUCGUUUAGUUGGUUAUUAUUGAUCGGUUAAUUUGUUCUUAAAGAUCGUUUAGUUUGUUGUUAAAGAUCGUUUAGUUUGUUGUUAAAGAUCGUUUAGUUUGUUGUUAAAGAUCGUUUAGUUUGUUGUUAAAGAUCGUUUAGUUUGUUGUUAAAGAUCGUUUAGUUUGUUGUUAAAGAUUGUUUAGUUUGUUGUUAAAGAUCGUUUAGUUUGUUGUUAAAGAUCCUUUAGUUUGUUGUUAAAGAUCGUUUAGUUGGUUGUUAAAGAUCGUUUAGUUUGUUGUUAAAGAUCACUUAGUUUGUUGUUAAAGAUCAGUUAGUUUGUUGUUAAAGAUCAUUUAGUUUGUUGUUAAAGAUCGCUUAGUUUGUUCUUAAAGAUCGUUUAGUUUGUUGUUAAAGAUCGUUUAGUUUGUUGUUAAAGAUCGCUUAGUUUGUUGUAAAGAUUGCUUAGUUUGUUCAUAAAGAUUGCUUAGUUUGUUCUUAAAGAUCUUUUAGUUUGUUCAUAAACAUCGUUUAGUUUGUUGUUAAAGAUCGCUUAGUUUGUUGUAAAUAUCGCUUAGUUUUUUAUUUAUAAAGAUCGCUUAGUUUGUUCCUAAAGAUCGCUUAGUUUGUUGUUAAAGAUCUUUUAGUUUGUUCAUAAAGAUCACUUAGUUUGUUGUUAAAGAUCGCUUAGUUUGUUGCAAAGAUUGCUUAGUUUUUUCAUAAAGAUUGCUUAGUUUGUUCUUAAAGAUCUUUUAGUUUGUUCAUAAAGAUCGUUUAGUUUGUUGUUAAAGAUCGCUUAGUUUGUUGUAAAUAUCGCUUAGUUUUUUAUUUAUAAAGAUCGGUUAGUUUGUUCUUAGAGAUCGCUUAGUUUGUUGUUAAAGAUCUUUUAGUUUGUUCCUAAAUAUCGCUUAGUUUGUUGUUAAAGAUUGCUUAGUUUGUUCUUAAAGAUCUUUUAGUUUGUUCCUAAAGAACAUUUAGUUUUCUGUUAAAGAACUUUUAGUUUAUUCUUAUAAUUCAUUUAGAAAUAAUUGUAGUAAUAAUUAGUAGUAAAGAUCAUUUGUUUUGUUCUUAAAGAUAAUUUAUUUCGGUCUUAAAAAUCGUUUAGUUUGUUCUUUUAGAGCGUUUAGUUUGUUAUUAAAGAUCGCUUAGCUUGUUCUUAAAGAUCCCUUAGUUUGUUGUUAAAUAUCGUUUAGUUUGUUCUCAAAGAUCGCUUAAUUUGUUCUUAAAUGUGGCUUAGUUGUUGUUAACUAUCGCUUUCACUGAGUAUUAAAAUGACUGAAAACCUGAGUCACUUUCAGCCCGAUGGCCAAAAGUCUAUGUCAAUUUCGGCCGAAACCGAAGAAAAACCGAAAGUUAACUUUUUUCUUUCGGCCGAAACCGAAAUUAAGCCGAAAUUUAACUUUUCAGUUUCGGCCGAAACCGAAACUUGGCCGAAAGGGAUAAAAUGGCCACGUUCGGCCGAAACCGAAGCCGAAAUUCGGUCGGUUUCUAGUCUGAUAUUAAAUGUAUUGAGAGCAAAUGUAGUUAUUUUUUCAUAUAUUGAUCGAAUAUGUGUAGACAGAUAUUUUCCCAGUUUUAACAAAAACCAUAUUUUAUUUUUAAAUGUAAUUAUUGCGUGUGUGAGACUGUCAUAAUACUACUGGCAAUUAGAAAAAUGUUGAAAUUGUGACAAUUAUUAAUGUUAGCUAACAAGCAGCAUCGAAGCACACAUUAUUUCAACUAUAGGAAGCACAUAUUAAUGUAGCUACAGGAAGCACAUAUUAUUGCAACUACAUGAAGCACAUAUUAUUGCAACUACAGGAAGCACAUAUAAAUGCAACUACAGGAAGCACAUAUUAUUGCAACUACAGGAAGCACUUUUUAAUGCAAAUACAGGAAGCACAUAUUAUUGCAACUUCAGGAAGCACAUAUUAUUGCAACUACAGGAAGAACAUAUUAAUACAACUACAGGAAGCACAUAUUAUUGCAACUAUAAGAAGCACAUAUUAAUACAACUACUGGAAGAACCUAUUAUUGCAACUAUAAGAAGCACAAAGCACUACUUGUAGUGUAAUGUUUAAAAAAAAUGCACAUGUCAUCCCUGGCAUUCUACUUUUUGCUGUUACAGAAACAGAAUAUACGUUUAACACAGUUUCAUUGAAUAACAUCUUUCUAUUUAUCUUUAGCUCUUUUCAACCUUGUCAUUCCGAAAAGUCUUAGAAUUACUACACCCCUGAACUCUAACCUAACAUACAACAAUAUAUUCAAAUAACUACAUAGCCACAUAAAAUUAUAACCAAAUAACCACAUAACAUCAUAAUCACAUAAUCCCAUAACACAAAAUCACAUAACCACACAAUCACAUAACCACUUACAUCACAUAACCACACAAAUCACAUAACCACACAAUCACAUAACCACACAAAUCACAUUACCACAUGCAUCGUUAUUUUCUCGUGAUUUUUUUUUUAAUCCGACCCACUUAUGUCUUAAUGAUACCAACAAAUUCUUCCUGUCAACAAAUUCUACCUGUCAAUGUUCAAACUAAUUCUACCUGUCCUUUGUCAAACUAAUUCUACCUGUCAAUGGUCUAGGAAAUGUUCAACUCCAACUCCAUUGUCCUAACCACUCUGAUACAAUAAUCUUAGACAUCUUCUACUCUUCAUUUCAGAUGACCGACAAGGGAGAAGAUGCUGACAUAAGCCAAGGAACUACACACGAUGAAGAAAAUGUCAAGAUGUACAACCAGAAGCAACGCGUGGGGGCGCCACCUGACGGGGGGUGGGGCUGGGUGGUCGUCCUCUCCUCCUUCUCCAUCAGUCUGCUCGUGGACGGCGUCUGCUUCUCCUUUGGAAUUUUCUUCGAUGAGUUCCGAGAAGAAUUUGGCACCAACAAGGGAGAGACGUCGUGGAUUGGAUCUGUACUCAAUGGAUCUUAUCUUAUUUUCGGUACAGUAACCAUGGUCAUAUCUUAUAUUUGUUACAGUAACCAGACUCUUAUAUUAUAUUUGGUACAGUAACCAGGCUCUUAUCUUAUUUUUGGUACAGUAACCAGGCUCUUAUAUUAUAUUUGGUACAGUAACCAGGCUCUUAUAUUAUAUUUGGUACAGUAACCAGGCUCUUAUAUUAUAUUUGUUACAGUAACCAUGGUCUUAUCUUAUAUUCAGCACACUAACAAGCCGUUGAUAUUUCUCGGCUGUUUGUAUCGUGGCACACAUUAUUUGCAAAUGAGUUGUUAGAUAUUUGUAUUGUAUUAUAUGCUCAAGCAAAUGUAAGGUCUCACGGACUCAGGGUCUCAUGGUCGCAAGGUCUUAAGGUCUCACGGUCUCGAGGUCUCAAGUUUUCAUGGUCUCAAGGCUCCACAGUCUCACGGUCCCACAGUCUCAAGGUGUCACAGUCUCAAAGUCUCAUGGUCGCAAGGUCUUAAGGUCUCAAGGUCUCUAUGUGUCAAGUUUUCAUGGUCUCAAGGCUCCACAGUCUCAAGGUCCCAAACUCUCAAGGUCUCACAGACUCAAGGUCUAAUGGUCUCGUACAACAACAAAACAAAUGAAUAAAUAUCGAUGUGACCAAUGUUUGCUCAUUGUAACCACAAAGUAGGAUUGGAUCAGAGCCGUCACGUGACCUCUGGAGGCCGCCAUUAAAGAUUUGAUCGUUUAUUUUGUGUCCUCAUCUAAACUUUGCGCCCCUUAAUUAAAUAUCUGAGACCUCGAGCAGUUGGAGCAGGGGUGGCUCUGGUGGAGCUCUUAUGGGACCUACUACGUGACCAAUCUAAUUGAGCCAUAAGUCCCAGAGUGUCGUUUGAUCAGUAGGUUUAAAACCCUAGAACUUAAAGAGAAAAUCGAGUCGAAAAGGAUUUUAUUUUUAAAAUGUUCGUUAACUCAGCUAUCUUUUUCUUCUUGUGCAGGCCCCUUGAUUAGCGCCCUUGUCAACAUGUACGGGUGCCGGGCGGUUGCCAUGAGCGGCGCCAUCUUGUCGUUCAUCGCCUUCUUCAUCAGCACAUUUUCUAACAGCAUUGGUGUAUUAAUAUUUACAUACGGGUUUCUCGGCGGUAAGAAGGGUUAUUUGUGGCAAUGCGCACAAUUAAAACUAAAAACCGGCUAAUUAUUUAUGCAUAAUAUUUAAUCUGAAAAUCGUUCUAUUUUUUAACAUUGUUUUAAAUAAUAUUUUGAUAAUAAAUAAUUUUUUUAAAUAUAAAAAAAAAUAUUUUGUGAGACCCUUUCAAAAAUGAUUAUUUAAUUCAAGUAAAUAAUGGACUCAAACGGCUUGUGGGACGCAUAUGAUUGGUUAAUUUUUAAAUGAUAAAGAAUUUCAAAGGACUUACAAAUACAUGUGUUUUAAAUACCUUACCAUUUUCACUAAAUAAAGCUACGAAAUUCACAGGAUUUCCAAAGUGUACAUUCAUAAUGUAUUUUAAUUUAGUAUCUUAAUAUAAUGUAUUUUAAUUUAGUAUCUUAAUCUAUAAUGAAAGUUUAUGAUAUGUCUAAAAAAAACUCUCAUGAGGUCGUCCACAAAACUUUAUUAACAAAACCAUAACUAUUUAUGUUUAUGUUAAAUAAAAAAUAAAGCUAUCAUAAAAUGAUAGAUUAUUCAAUCUACAGUAAAGAUAUCAAAAUAAAUGAUUUCAUGAACAAUAAACCUAUCAUUAUAAAUUAUUCCUUUUAUAAAGCUAUAAUAAUAAAUGAUUCAAUCCGCAAUAAAGCUAUCACAAUAAAUGAUUCAAUCCACAAUAAAGAUAUCAUAGUCAAUGUAGCGGUACACUAAAACUGUUUGAUUCCAAUUCAUUAGGUAUCGGAUUUGGUCUGAUGUACCUGCCUGCUAUCGUUAUGGUCGGCUACUACUUCGAGAGACGCCGGGCGCUGGCUACAGGCAUCGCCUGUUGUGGCUCUGGCAUCGGUGCUUUUCUGUUCGCUCCCUUUACAGAGUUUCUCUUACAUGAAUACGGCUGGAGGGGAGGUAAGUUAUGGAUGAUGUGGUCUGCAUGAAAGGGGAGAUCGCUCCGAGGGUUUGUGUAGAAUGGAUGCAGUUCCGAAGCUGUGGCGGGGGGGGGGGGGGGGGGGGGGGAGGUGUAACUUACAGAAUAGAGGAACAUCUGACAGAUCACAAACAAAACAGAAGUAUCGACUAAAUGCCUUCAACAGCAAAAGGAAAUAAUAAAAACAGAGGCAAUAAUUAUAACGCAUCUCGAACAGAGUGACGCCACUACCUACCAAACUUGGCAGUUGUAGAGUCCUCGCCAAGCCCAUUUCAAACUUGGGAGUUGUAGAGUCCUCACCAAGCCCAUUUCAAACUUGGGAGUUGUAGAGUCCUCGCCAAGCCCAUUUUAAACUUGGCAGUUGUAGAGUCCUCGCCAAGCCCAUUUUAAACUUGGGAGUUGUAGAGUCUUCGCCAAGCCCAUUUUAAACUUGGCAGUUGUAGAGUCCUCACCAAGCCCAUUUCAAACUUGGAAGUUGUAGAGUCCUUCCAAAGCCCAUUUCAAACUUGGGAGUUGUAGAGUCCUCCCCAAGUCCAUUUCAAACUUGGGAGUUGUAGAGUCUUCCCCAAGCCCAUUAAAAAACUUGGGAGUUGUAGAGUACUCUCCAAGCCCAUUUCAAACUUGACAAUUGGAGACAGAGUUAAGAUGGGCGGAGGCAGGGUUCAAGACAUUGAUUGGGGCUGGGGGAAUUAUUAAAUGGCUUAGAGCAAUGGUUCUAAAACUUUUCAAUACAUGAGACCCUAUUAAUUAUGACUUAUUAAAAAAUUUCAAAUGAAAUAAAACUGCUUCAUAUCUUAUUCAUUAAAUGAUUUAGUUAUACAAAAAAAACAAUUCUGUUUGAGAAGAUAUGAAGGGUACAGGUGAUGUUUUUUGUUGUUGUUUUUUUUUUUUGCUACAAAAUUGACAUGUUUGCGAUACAACUUUUUAACGUGUAACUUGUUGAGAAUAGCAUAGAAAUAUUUGGAUAAAACAUUUUAACUUGAUUAGAACAGCAUAGAAAUAUUUGGAUAAAACAUUUUAACUUGAUGAGAACAGCAUAGAAAUAUUUGGAUAAAACAUUUUAACUUGUUGAGAACAGCAUAGAAAUAUUUGGAUAAAACAUUUUAACUUGUUGAGAACAGCAUAGAAAUAUUUGGAUAAAACAUUUUAACUUGAUGAGAACAGCAUAGAAAUAUUUGGAUAAAACAUUUUAACUUGAUGAGAACAGCAUAGAAAUAUUUGGAUAAAACAUUUUAACUUGUUGAGAACAGCAUAGAAAUAUUUGGAUAAAACAUUUUAACUUGUUGAGAACAGCAUAGAAAUAUUUGGAUAAAACAUUUUAACUUGAUGAGAACAGCAUAGAAAUAUUUGGAUAAAACAUUUUAACUUGAUGAGAACAGCAUAGAAAUAUUUGAAUAAAACAUUUUAACUUGAUGAGAACAGCAUAGAAAUAUUUGGAUAAAACAUUUUAACUUGUUGAGAACAUCAUAGAAAUAUUUGGAUAAAACAUUUUAACUUGUUGAGAACAUCAUAGAAAUAUUUGGAUAAAACAUUUUAACUUGAUUAGAACAGCAUAGAAAUAUUUGGAUAAAACAUUUUAACUUGUUGAGAACAUCAUAGAAAUAUUUGGAUAAAACAUUUUAACUUGUUGAGAAAAGCAUAGAAAUAUUUGGAUAAAACAUUUUAACUUGUUGAGAAAAGCAUAGAAAUAUUUGGAUAAAACAUUUUAACUUGAUUAGAACAGCAUAGAAAUAUUUGGAUAAAACAUUUUAACUUGAUGAGAACAGCAUAGAAAUAUUUGGAUAAAACAUUUUAACUUGUUGAGAACAGCAUAGAAAUAUUUGGAUAAAACAUUUUAACUUGAUGAGAACAGCAUAGAAAUAUUUGGAUAAAACAUUUUAACUUGAUGAGAACAGCAUAGAAAUAUUUGGAUAAAACAUUUUAACUUGUUGAGAUCAGCAUAGAAAUAUAUGGAUAAAACAUUUUAACUUGUUGAGAACAUCAUAGAAAUAUUUGGAUAAAACAUUUUAACUUGUUGAGAACAUCAUAGAAAUAUUUGGAUAAAACAUUUUAACUUGAUGAGAACAGCAUAGAAAUAUUUGGAUAAAACAUUUUAACUUGAUGAGAACAGCAUAGAAAUAUUUGGAUAAAACAUUUUAAAUUGAUGAGAACAGCAUAGAAAUGUUUGGAUAAAACAUUUUUAAUUUUUGAGAACAGCAUAGAAAUAUUUGGAUAAAACAUUUUUAAUUUUUGAGAACAGCAUAGAAAUUUCUGGAUGCAACAUUGUUAAUUUUUUAAUACGGCAUCAAAAUAAUGGCUUACAUUGUUAAAAUUGUUAACAUUUUAUCUUUCAUCUUACUGUGUACGAGACAAAUUACGUGCAGAAUCAAUUUAAAGCGACAAAAGAUAUAUCAUGUUGGAUGAUGACUAACUAGAGAAGUGGUUGGCCAAUCGCGGCUCUCGAGCAGCACGCGACCAGAAUGCGACCAGAAUGCGACCAGAAUGCGGCUUGGCCAGUCUGUCACAAAUCGGUCUUGACUCCGAAAAACAUUGUUCUUGACAGGUCCUUGAAAAUAAAUUGUGCUUUUAAAAAGAAUUGUUAUGGUCCUUCUGCUGAUUUAUUGUCUCUUUUGACAAAUGAGUUUUCCGACCACUGGUCUAAUGAGUUUUCCGACCUCUGGUCCAAUGAGUUUUCCGACCACUGGCGUAGACUAUGUUGUUUUCCUUCUCAUUGUGCCUUACAUCGCCCUUUGUUCACUCACCAGCCACAUGGAUUAUCUCCGCCUUAGUUUUCAAUGGGGUUUUCUUCGCCAUCUUCUACCGACCACUCCCGAAGCCCAGCACCAACGAGGUCAAAGGUCAAUAUGAUAAGAAGGAGACAGAACGACCAUCGCCUAUAUACAAGGGACAGACCAUUGAGAUGGAUAACAGAGAAUGGAUGGUAUGUGAUUACUGGGACAGACCAUUGAGUUGGAUAACAGAGAAUGGAUGGUAUGUGAUUACUGGGACAGACCGUUGAGUUGGAUAACAGAGAAUGGAUGGUAUGUGAUUACUGGGACAGACCGCUGAGUUGGAUAACAGAGAAUGGAUAGUAUUUGAUUACUAGGACAGACCAUUGAGUUGGAUAACAGAGAAUGGAUGGUAUGUGAUUUCUGGGACAGACCAUUGAGAUGGAUAACAGAGAAUGGAUAGUAUGUAAUUACUGGGACAGACCAUUGAGUUGGAUAACAGAGAAUGGAUGGUAUGUGAUUAAUAAUACAGCUGACCCUUCUAAUAAAGAUGAUUUAAAAUAUAAAAUUUAGCAACUGCUGUAAAUGUUUAAACCACUUUACAUUUGUUAUUUUAAAGUUGACUUGGCCAUUUAGGUAAGAAAUAUAGUGUGGGGACUUGGGGGUCGUGUGGGGACAUGGGGUCGUGGGGUGACAUGGGGGUCGUGGGGGGACAUGAGGGUCGUGGGGGGACUUAAGGCAUCGUGUGGGAACAUGGGAGUCGGGUGGGGACUUGGGGGUCGUGUGGGACGUGGGGGUCGUAGGGGUCAUUAUGUUAAUUGAGGUUGAAGAGGUUAAUAAAAUCAAAUCAGUUAUGAUGGGGGACAUGAGGGUCGUGGGGGGACUUAAGGCAUCGUGUGGGAACAUGGGAGUCGGGUGGGGACUUGGGGGUCGUGUGGGACGUGGGGGUCUUAGGGGUCAUUAUGUUAAUUGAGGUUGAAGAGGUUAAUAAAAUCAAAUCAGUUAUGAUGUUCGAGCGUGAUGGUUUCAAUGGCGUGGCGUAGCCAGGGACAGUUGCAAACGUAGUGGAAUCAAUGCAGUGGCGUAGUCAGGGAUAGACGCAAGCGGAGCUGUGUCAAUGCAGUAGCGUAUCCAAAGAUAGGCGCUUGUCUGAAAUUUUCCCCCAAGUAUAAAGAAAAAAAAAGUUAUAGAAGGUCAUGGCUUAAGUUAGUCAUGGGGUGGUAGGGGUCAUGUGGGUCAAGAGGUGACCUAUGACGUUUAGCUCUGGUUUUUCAAGGGCCCUGACAAGACCAGCUCAAGCAUCAGCAAGAAACUCAAAGAGCAGAUUUAUGAACACUUGAAGGCGGAGCCGAAGCUGAAACCAGAGCACAGGACAAGGUACUUACUGACACAUUCAUUUUUAAACUUAGAUAUUGAUAUAUUUUAUAAUACAAGAAAUAGCAUUCUCAGAAUAACAAUACAUUUGUCAUAAUUUUUGUUUCCAUCCUUUAUUUUGUAAUAUUAUAUCUCAGGGGCGUAGAUGAUUUGAUUGACAUGUGGGAGAAUUGAGCCAUCUUUUGUCAGGGUGCCCAACUUUUGUCAUAUUUUGACAGUGAGUCCAGUGGCUUGAUCACGGUAAACUUUUUUGCUGCUGAUCACGUUAGACUUUUUCCUGCUGAUCCCGGUAGACUUUUUGCUGCCGAUCACGGUAGAAAUUGUAUUGCUGAUCACAGUAGACUUUUCAGUGCCGAUCACGUUUGGCUUUAUGCUGCUGACCACGGUAGACUUUUCAGUGCCGAUCACGGUAGAAAUUGUAUUGCUGAUCACAGUAGACUUUUCAGUGCCGAUCACGUUUGGCUUUAUGCUGCUGACCACGUUUGGCUUUAUGCUGCCGAUCACGGUAGAAAUUGUAUUGCUGAUCAAAGUAGACUUUUCAGUGCCGAUCACGUUUGGCUUUAUGCUGCUGACCACGGUAGACUUUUAAUUCUUGAUCGGCUACAGAUGAACGUUUUUGUUCCUAACGAAAAUGCGAUUACGAUUCUCUUCCUCACCCGAAUGAUCAGCCUAGCUGGCCCCAUUGUUGGACAUUUUACCAUCCUUACCAGCCAUUAUUUUUCCCAUUUUUAUCUGCCACAACUAACUAAGAAGGCGCAUUCUGAGGAGGGUUUGAGAUUACUCUCUUGCAACCCCAGAUAGCACAUGGGUAUUAAGAGGCUGUGAAGAGGUUCUCUAUGCUCUAACUACGAACAUAUUCGAUUCAGAAGUGAAGAAUCCUACUUCGCGGAAAUUCACUUAUGGCGGUAGAGUCAGGAACUGAUUAACCGCGAUAAACUAGGGACGAUUGUCAAUGUAUUUUUUAUUAAUAAAGUUAAACAUGUGGGAAGAAUACACAAAUCAUGUUACUGUUUGAAACUAAUGUAGCUUUUGUUUGCCUUCCGAGUGUCAUUACAUUGCUGUUCUUGUAAUUAGUUUUAAGUUAAUAAUCCAUUGCUAUUCUUAAAACUAUUACUAGUAUUUAACUUUAAAAAAUUCCAACAAUGAUUUAUCGGACACAUUACCGUUUCAGUUCAAUGACCUUGCACCCCCCACAAUCGGGGAACAUCAAAGUCAAAGAUGGUCCGGCCCUGGCACGCCUGGCGUACAGCCACGACUUCGGGGUGCUCAACAAAGUUCACAGGGUCAAACGCCAUGAGGUGGAACAACCAAUGGAGCGGAAAGAUAUUUUUUACAGCGGUAGCUUGUGGCAUCUUCAAGAGUUCAAGUGGGUUAUAUGUGUGUGUAUGUAUGCGUUUGUGUGUGUACUAUGUUUACGCAGGUUUGUGUGUAUGUUGAAUUUGUGUGUGUUGUGUGUACGUCCGUGCGUAAGUAUUCGUUUGUAUGUGUGUGUGUUUGUGUGUUGGUUUCUGUGUACGUUGGACGAGUGAAAGAGCGCUGACUUGGAAGGUGGGAAAUAGUACUCAUGGGAGGAUGGGUAAUAGCACUCAUGGGAGGGUGGGAAAUAGCACUCAUGGGAGGGUGGAAAAGGGCACUCAUGAGAGGGUGGGAAAUAGUACUCAUGAGAGGGUGCAAAAUAAAACUCAUGGGGGGUGGGAAAUAGUUCUAAUGAGAGGUUUGGAAAUAGUACUGAUGGGAAGGUGGGAAGUAGUACUCAUGGGAGGGUGGGAAAUAGUACUCAUUGGAGGGUGGGAAAUAAUACUCAUGGGAUGGUGGGAAAUAGUACUGAGUGAGAGGUUUGGAAAUUUCGCUGGGUGGGAUGAUGGCAAAGAACAUGAUGAGAGAGGGAAAGAGCAUUAUGGGACACAUCGUAUUUGUUCACUUGUUUAGUUUCCAAAAUUUCUGAUUGUUUUGUUUUGUUCAGGUGUUGCUAAUCUCAUGUUUGUUGCUAAUCUCAUGUUUGUUGCUAAUCUCAUGUUUGUUGCUAAUCUCAUGUUUGUUGCUAAUCUCAUGUUUGUUGCUAAUCUCAUGUUUGUUGCUAAUCUCAUGUUUGUUGCUAAUCUCAUGUUUGUUGCUAAUCUCAUGUUUGUUGCUAAUCUCAUGUUUGUUGCUAAUCUCAUGUUUGUUGCUAAUCUCAUGUUUGUUGCUAAUCUCAUGUUUGUUGCUAAUCUCAUGUUUGUUGCUAAUCUCAUGUUUGUUGCUAAUCUCAUGUUUGUUGCUAAUCUCAUGUUUGUUGCUCAUGUUUGUCGCUUAUCUCAUGGGUGUUGCUAAUCUCAUGUUUGUUGCUAAUCUCAUGUUUGUUGCUAAUCUCAUGUUUGUUGCUCAUGUUUGUCGCUAAUCUCAUGGGUGUUGCUAAUCUCAUGGGUGUUGCUAAUCUCAUGGGUGUUGCUAAUCUCAUGUUUGUUGCUAAUCUCAUGUUUGUUGCUCAUGUUUGUCGCUAAUCUCAUGGGUGUUGCUAAUCUCAUGGGUGUUGCUAAUCUCAUGGUUGUUGCUAAUCUCAUGUUUGUCGCUAAUCUCAUGGGUGUUGCUAAUCUCAUGGGUGUUGCUAAUCUCGUGGUUGUUGCUAAUCUCAUGUUUGUUGCUAAUCUCAUGUUUGUUGCUCAUGUUUGUUGCUCAUGUUUGUCGCUAAUCUCAUGGGUGUUGCUAAUCUCAUGGUUGUUGCUAAUCUCAUGGGUGUUGCUAAUCUCAUGUUUGUUGCUAAUCUCAUGUUUGUUGCUAAUCUCAUGUUUGUUGCUAAUCUCAUGUUUGUUGCUUAUCUCAUGUUUGUUGCUAAUCUCAUGUUUGUUGCUCAUGUUUGUCGCUUAUCUCAUGGGUGUUGCUAAUCUCAUGGGUGUUGCUAAUCUCAUGUUUGUUGCUAAUCUCAUGUUUGUUGCUCAUGUUUGUCGCUAAUCUCAUGGGUGUUGCUAAUCUCAUGGUUGUUGCUAAUCUCAUGUUUGUUGCUAAUCUCAUGUUUGUUGCUCAUGUUUGUCGCUAAUCUCAUGGGUGUUGCUAAUCUCAUGGGUGUUGCUAAUCUCAUGGUUGUUGCUAAUGUCAAGUUUGUUGCUAAUCUCAUGGGUGUUGCUAAUCUCAUGUUUGUUGCUAAUCUCAUGUUUGUUGCUAAUCUCAUGGGUGUUGCUAAUCUCAUGUUUGUUGCUAAUCUCAUGUUUGUUGCUAAUCUCAUGUUUGUUGCUAAUCUCAUGUUUGUUGCUAAUCUCAUGUUUGUUGCUAAUCUCAUGGGUGUUGCUAAUCUCAUGUUUGUUGCUAAUCUCAUGGGUGUUGCUAAUCUCAUGUUUGUUGCUAAUCUCAUGUUUGUUGCUAAUCUCAUGUUUGUUGCAAAUCUCAUGUUAAUGAAGAUACUGACCAUGAAGCAAAGUAGCACACUUAUAUAUUGAGCCACUAGCGUGAUUGUCUUUCGAUUAUAUUUUGUCCAAUCAGAAAACUUGGAUCACUUGAAGAAUUUCGUGAGGAGAUGACGUCACAUCCGUCCAACGCAAAGCUCCCAGUGACUGGUGUAGGCAAGUUUCUCCGGGCCUUGAAGAGCGUUUUUGAUCUAUCUCUGCUCCGUAGUCCGACUUUUUUGAUGUACGGACUUUCAUGUUUUUUGUGCAUGGCUGGUAGGUAGAGCAAACAUGUUUGUAUUCCAUCGUAUGUUUGUGGCUGGUAGGUAGCACAAACAUGUUCGUAUUCCAUCGUAUGUUUGUGGCUGGUAGGUAGAGCAAACAUGUUUGUAUUCCAUCGUAUGUUUGUGGCUGGUAGGUAGAGCAAACAUGUUUGUAUUCCAUCGUAUGUUUGUGGCUGGUAGGUAGAGCAAACAUGUUUGUAUUCCAUCGUAUGUUUGUGGCUGGUAGGUAGAGCAAACAUGUUUGUAUUCUAUCGUAUGUUUGUGAGUUUUGUUGAUUGCAGCUGGUAUUUCUAGCCUAAAGCAAUGCUCGAUAGUCAUGUGUUUGUAACAGGGGGUUGGGUGCGGAACAGUAGCUCUUUGAGGAGACACGCCUACAUGUCUUAGUUUGAUAAUUUAGUUCUUUGAGGAGACAGAACAACUAAAUGUCUUAGUUUUAAGACUUAGUUCUUUGAGGAGACACAAAUACAUGUCUUAAUUUGAUAACGGAUACUUUUUUAGAAUCAUCAUUUAUCGUCUGAAUCGAAGCUAGUUUUGAAGUCAUCAGUAAGUCAUCUAGGUAUUUCUGAAGUCAUCAAUAACCUCUCUAGUCUAUAGUUGUGAAGUCAUCAAUACCUCAUCUAGCUAGUUGUGAUUCAUCAAUAACCUAUCUAGUCUAUACUUGUGAUGUCAUCAAUAACCCAUCUAGCCUAUAGUUGUGAAGUCAUCAAUACCUCAUCUAGCUAGUUGUGAAGUCAUCAAUACGUCAUCUGGCCAGUUGUGAAGUUAUCAUUACCUCAUCUAGCUAGUUGUAAUGUCAUCAAUACCUCAUCUAGCUAAUUGUGAUGUCAUCAAUACCUCAUCUAGCUAGUUGUGAUGUCAUGAAUACCUCAACUAGCUAGUUGUGAUGUCAUCAAUACCUCAUCUACUUAGUUGUGAAGUCAUCAAUACGUCAUCUAGCUAGUUUUGAAGUUAUCAAUACCUCAUCUAGCUAGUUGUGAAGUCAUCAAUAAGUCACCUAGCUAGUUGCGAUGUCAUCAAUUACUCAUCUAGCCUAUACUUGUGAUGUCAUCAAUAACCCAUCUAGCCUAUAGUUUUUUUAACUCAUCAAAUCCUCCUCUAGGUAGUUUGAAGUCAUCAAUAAGUCAUCUAGCCUAUAGUUGUGAUGUCAUCAAUACCUCAUCUCGACCUCUUAAGUUAUAACACUUUUUCAUUUGGCCAGGAUUCUUUGUCCCGUUCAUCUACCUGCCCACUCACGCUAUCGACCUGGGAAUGGAUUCAACAAGAGGCGCAUUCCUGAUCUCCAUCAUAGGCGUCACCAACACCGUGGGGAGGGUGGCGGUAGGCUUUAUAUCUGACCAGGUACGCUUCGCCUUUGUACAGUAUCGUCUAUUUUUGAUUCAAAUACAUUUUUCUUGUAAUUCUUAGAAUUGUUUGUUAUUUCAAUAGAUUUAUUAAGAAGUACAAACUACUCCUGGUAUCUGUGGACGGUAAUUUGUUUCUCUCACGUGACCUACAUAGAUACUCGGUUGUCAGCGUGGCUCACAAAAGUGCAGGUCUCACGUCUACUGUCACAGUUCUGCAGUAAAUAAUGCAUUGAAUGUCUCAGGUUUAUUUAAAAAUUACCAAAUUACCCCGUACUAUCAGUAUCCAGCUUUGAGGGCAUUCAUGCGUGAAUUGUCCAUGGCCACCAAGGGUUUCCAAACUUUUCCCAACCACUGUAAAAGUAAGAAUGUGUUUUAACGUUUGGGGGGGGGGGGGGGGGGGGGUCCCUUUAAAAGUAAAAAAAACCCCUUUUUGUAAAAGUAAGAAUGUGUUUUAACGUUUGGGGGGGGGGGGAGGGGGGGAUCCUUUAAAACGUAAAAAAAUCCCUUUUCAUCGUAUGCACUGAAAUUUAACCUUUGAUCCUUUGGUGGAAAUCCCUGGAUUACACUUACACUAUUUAUAGUCCACUAUUUAUAGUCCACUGUUUAUAGUCUACUUUUUAUUGUACACUAUUUAUAGUCCACAAUUCAUUCAAAAAGUUAAUGGUGAAUUCCUCUUUUCUUCAAUUAUUUUAAUUUAGCCGUGGGCCGAUUGCCUUAUGAUCAACAACAUAGCACUUAUAGUUGGUGGGGUAGCCACUGUCUUUGUGCCAUUCUAUAAUGAGUACUACCUCCUAGCCAUCUACUCGUGUGUUUUCGGGACUGCAAUAGGUGAGUCAGCAUUAUACUGAUACUCAUUUUGUACAUUCUUAUACAAGAUACUUACGAAAGUUCACUACAAAACCGUUUGAAUAAUCUAGUCCAGUGGUUCUUAACCUUUUUGGAGGAACCGAACCCCACCAGUUUCAUAUGCGCAUUCACCGAACCCUUCUUAAUAGGAAAAAUAAAAUCUGAUUUUUUUUUUCCUGAUUUAUUUUAGACCUCCGCCGAAACCCUGAGUCUGACUCACCGAAUCCAGGUUAAGAACCACUGAUCUAGUCUAUAUCCUACAUAUAUUUUUACACAUGGUACUUUAGAAAUGUUCACUACAAGAUCGUGUGAAUAAUCUAGUCUACAAUCUAAAUAUUUUAUUAAGCAUAGUACUUUAGAAAGUUCACUAAGAGACAGUAUGAAUAAUUUAGUCUAUAGUCUACAUACGUUCUUUGAGUGCCGUACGGUAAGUUCUGUUUGUGAUGUUAAGUGGUCCACUCUAUUCGGAUCUUUUAGUUUUUAGAAGUUUUACAUGAAGGUUUGAACGUCUCUAAUCCAUCCAGCCGUGUUUGUGUCCCUGCGGUCAAUCAUCAUGGUGGAACUGAUGGGCUUGGAGAAGUUGACCACGGCGUUUGGCUUCGUGAUAAUGUGCCAGGGAAUGUCGUCGUUCUUAGGGGCACCAGUUGCUGGUAGGAACUUAAUGACAUGUAGCAUUUCUAGCUCAGUUGUAUCAAUCAUUGUCUUGUUUCUUAACCAUCAAAAAUAAUAAUUCUCUUGGUGUAUGUAUGGCUGUAACGUGGGUUCAAUGUGUAUGUAUGGCUGUAACGUGGGUUCAAGGUGUAUGUAUGGCUGUAACGUGGGUUCAAGGUGUAUGUAUGGGUGUAAGGCUGUGGUCAAGGUGUGUGUAUGGGUGUAAGGCUGUGGUCAAGGUGUGUGUAUGGGUGUAAGGCAGUGGUCAAGGUGUAUUUAUGGGUGUAAGGCUGUGGUCAAGGUGUAUGUAUGGCUGUAAGGCUGUGGUCAAGGUGUAUGUAUGGGUGUAAGGCUGUGGUCAAGGUAUAUGUACGGCUGUAAGGCUGUGGUCAAGGUGUGUGUAUGGGUGUAAUGCUGGGUUUAAUGUGCAUGUAUGGCUGUAACGGUGGGUUCAAGGUGUAUGUAUAGACGCAACGCUGGGUUCAAUCGUCACUCAAAAUAAAGUUAAUUAUGAUUAUUAUAUUGUGUGUUACUUGAAUGCGUGUAUUGCCAAGUAACUUGAGUAUUAGUUGAGUGGAUGUUUGUUCAUAGUUGCCGCCACGGGGCUAUUUAUAGUACAUGUCCCAUAAAGCUGACUUUGAUGAUGGUAUUAUUCAGUUUCUUAUGAUCUUACAACUCUCUUGACAGGGGCCAUGUCUGACGUCACUGGCAACUACAACGCCGCGUUCUACCUGGCAGGCGUGACCCUGACCUUGAGCGGACUUAUUUGUCUACCCCUUAGAAGAGUGUCCAUAUGGGAGAACAGCAAGAACAACGGACGGACGCUUCACGUUAGGAGCCCUUCAGAAAUCUGCAGCACAGAUCGCGAACACUCUGAAGAAAAAAGGCCAAUGGUGUGAUCAAAGGCCAAUGGUGUGAUCAAAGGCCAAUGGUGUGAUCAAAGGCCAAUGGUGUGAUCAAAGGCUAAUGACGUGAUCAAAGGCCAAUGGUGUGACCAAAGGCCAAUGGUGUGACCAAAGGCCAAUGGUGUGAUAAACAACAACACUCCAGGAAGUACUAAUACAAUACUCGUACAUGCAGGGGACACCAUUUGGGUGGGGAAAUCUCCCCCUUCCCCCACGCCGUCAAUUUGCAGAUUUUAUUGAAAUUACUUUGUGGCGCCUACAGUGAUAAACAACUAAACAAGCUGACCAAGUUUUUAUUUUGACCCCCCCCCCCACUUCCGCCGAGGAAAAACCCCUGAAAUGACGUCCCUGCGUACAUGAUGUCAUCUGCAGGGGACACCAUUUGGGUGGGGAAAUCUCCCCCUUCCCCCACGCCGUCAAUUUGCAGAUUUUAUUGAAAUUACUUUGGGGCGCCUAAAGUGAUAAACAACUAAACAAGCUGACCAAGUUUUUAUUUUGACCCCCCCCCCCCACUUCCGCCGAGGAAAAACCCCUGAAAUGACGUCCCUGCGUACAUGAUGUCAUCGUCUGCUACGACAGUCUACACGUCAUGAUACGUCUGCUUUGUUUGGGGCAUUUCAUUUCUUGAACAUGAAAAGCAAAAAUGUGGAUGUUUGAUGGCAUUGAGCUUUCGUUAGUUGUAGCAAACGUGAACAUGAAUAAGGAUGCAGUAUGUACUUUUUGUGUAUGGUAAGGCAAACAUUAAACAUAUUUGAACCUUAAAUGAUCGGA